CAUCAGCUGGUUUCUAAUCGUUUCCCAUACGUGGGGAGCCUACAUGAUAUUGUCGGUUCCCACGACACUUGACCCGCCGUCGUAAGUCCAUUGCCGUGCCGAAAGGUGGGUAGCAAGUUACGUGUGUAUCACGAGAUACGAGAGGCAAGAGGUGCGGCGCCGGGCCUUGAGGACCUUCACGCACCAUCUUGGGAUAAGUGCCGCACCGCAAGGUGCUUCUUAAGCUUACGAUCUAUUGUAUGAGCACACACCCUGCUUCAGGACCCUGGAGCACCAUCUCCUACAUCAACGAUUUUCACGCCAAGUGCUACUUUCGUCGCAUCGACUUUACCAAGCGUUACGCCGACAGGAGGGCAAAUAACAUGACCGGCAUUCACACUGAUGCCAUCCCGCGCUCGCUGUUGGAUGACAGAGAGCUGCUCUGCUGUCGCAGUUCCUUAUUCAAGGCGAAGCAAGAGAUGGGAUCUGGCUAUGAGUAGUACAGACGCUAUCACAGACUAGUUGUGGCACACCAGGAUGUCUCACAAGUGUCGAGGGUCUGACUGUCACCAUCGAGGGUGAAAGCGCAGUGCCGAGCCCGCGAGCUACACUGGAGUUAUCUCAAACCGUCUGUCACGCGAGAUGGUCACGUUUACCAGUCUGCCGUUCUUAGUGUUACUGUCCACACCGCUACACCCGUGAUAUGGCGGCUUUCUAGCUAAGUAGCUUCAUGAGUCACAUUGCUACGCGCAUUUAUGGCCGCAAAAGCAUCGUACCAGCCAAUCGAGUGGCACUGUCCCAAGCCAGAUGCCAUACACUAUGCUGCUCUCCAACCGGUAGACCUGGAAUGCAGACGACGUUUGCGUUACCAUCAUCUCAGGGAAGAGUGUUGGCAUCUUCCCAAGCAAAAUGCUCUAGGC